ACUAACCGUCUGUGGUAGCAGUGUCUUUGGUGUCAGGAGCUGAAGUUAUUCUUAAAGCAUCGGAACUUAUGGUGUGUUGGCUUUGGAAAGCUGCCGGAGUUGAUACAGAGAUACAUUUGCGUACAACACACAGUUGUGUUAUGGAACUGGAUAAAAUGGACGAGAACGACUGGAAAUACCACGGGGAGGGCAACAAAAGCCUAGUGGUUUCUCAUGUUCAGCACGCCAGAGUCCUUCGGCUCCUGAAGUAUUCUACAGAAGAUGCCGAAAACUCGCAUAAGACAACAGAACAAGCUUUCCACCACAUACAGAACAUAGUUGACUAUAGUCAAAAUGUCAUGAAGCCACUGCUGGGGGAGAAAUUCGUCCACAACGGCGAGGCUGUGAAGCUCCCGUUAGACUUUGUCCGCCAGCUGUCAUUGAAGGUCCAGCAGGAAAGGCCAGAGUCUCGCUGUGACAAAGUGAUGGAUACGUUGAGUGGAUGUGCCUUGUGUCUGCCGAACCUCACCCAGCUCUCCUGUUGCUGCUGCUGCAGAGAACACAGACCUCCUCUCUGUAUAGAGAUUAAGCCCAAGUGCGGAUUUCUACCGUCCUCUACACACGUCACGAAAGACAUCAAAAGCAAGGUGUGCCGGUUCUGUAUGCAUCAACAUUUUAAGAUAGCCAAUGGAAAGUGGAAACGGCUGAGCCGGUACUGUCCCUUGGACCUGUUCUCAGGGAACAAACAGAGAAUGUGCCUAGCCAUCAAGCACUUGAUGGAGGAACCACAGAAUAACUUCAACAUCUUCAAGGGUGGAGAGUGUAUCUACAGCUGUAAUGAUGAUGCAGACGUGUUACAGGACCUAGAUGACUUGGCUCAGCAUCUACGACCGUACUUCCUUCCUAGUGGCAGCCUUAUCAGCAGACCGCAGCCCAGUAAGGUGGUUCUGAAUGAGUUGAUCCAGGUGAUCGUGAGCGCCCUGUUGAGCUCCUGGGACUGUCCUCGCUCCGGGCAGCCCAGGAAGACACACCUGUCUGAGGGCAGAGUGACGUGCGAGGCCAGCCUACUGCCCCGGGACCUGCUACGCAACGGUAACCACGGCCUUCCCAAAGAUUGUGUCUUGGACAAAAUCCUGGGGACUCAGAUGCUGGAUAGUUUAGACAUCGAGGGUUUGAACCCCCUGUUUAAACGAGUGGAGCAGUAUUUACAAAAGUUCCCCAAAGAGAGAAGCAGACUCCAGAUAGACGGGCCGUACAACCAGAGCUUCCUGGAGAAGGUCCAGAACUGUCCCGCUGAAGACGACGGCUCUGUCGAAUACGCCGUAGGGAAGGUCCACCAGUACAGAGUUGCCAUGACAGCCAAGGACUGCUCUAUCAUGGUCGCCAUAGCAACCUGUGGGGAAGACGACGGGUUGGACCAGAGCGUGGAGAUCCAGCCUGCGAAGCCUCGCUUCAACUACUCCGUGUCCAUCCUAGACUUGGACCCUAAACCCUACGAGAGCGUCUCUCACCAGAGCAGACUGGACUCCAAGAUAGUCAACCACUACCUGAGGAGGACACAGCCCAACAACCUGGAGGAACUGGCCAAUCAGAGCCUGUUCCUGGGCCGGGACAGAGACGGAGAGGACUGUACUCUGGUGUUCCAUCCUGUAUAGCCACUCCCUCUGCUGGCUGGCUGUUACCCUGUACCCGGACCCUAACCCCUGUGGAACUGAUAGACCAAUGACAAAAUGCAAAGAUUGAAUGAACUGAGAAACAUAUCCUUAUUUUAUAUAUUUGUGUCUUGUCUUUAACUCUUUAAAAACAAAAUAUGAUAUGGCAAAAAUAUGAUAUGGCAAAAAUA